AUGUCGACCGCUAUACCCAAACAGCUUAUGAUUGUAUUGCAAAAUGGGUCCUAUAAGGUGCUCUCGCUGGGCGCCGAUGUGCUGCCGGAGUACAAGCUGCAGCCGACGCGCAUCCACCACUGCACCAUCGUGCAUUACAGUCCAUUCAAAGCGGUCUGGGACUGGAUUAUAUUACUGCUUGUUAUAUAUACGGCAGUAUUCACACCGUACGUUGCGGCCUUUCUUCUCAGAGAAUUACAAGAUACCUCACGUAAGGCUCGAUUUUCGGAGCCAUUGGAAAUCGUCGAUUUGAUAGUGGAUAUUAUGUUUAUAGUGGACAUUAUUAUUAAUUUUCGCACUACAUAUGUCAAUGAAAAUGAUGAGGUAGUGUCACACCCGGGUAAAAUAGCCAUCCACUAUUUCAAAGGAUGGUUCGUCAUAGAUAUGAUAGCUGCCGUACCAUUCGAUCUGUUAUUAGUGAAUACAAACAGCGAUGAAACAACCACGCUUAUUGGAUUACUGAAAACUGCUCGAUUAUUACGGUUAGUGCGGGUAGCAAGAAAAUUAGAUAGGUAUUCCGAAUACGGUGCUGCCGUGUUGUUACUUUUAAUGGCGACGUUCGCCCUUAUUGCUCAUUGGUUGGCGUGCAUUUGGUACGCGAUUGGAAGUGCCGAAUUACCACAUAAACGAGAAAUCACAUGGUUACAUCAAUUAUCUCGGCAUCUCAACGAGCCAUAUUUGUCAACAAACGGCACAGUGCCCACGGGUGGACCGUCGUUAAAGAGUCGAUACGUGACGUCAUUGUAUUUUACUCUGUCGACCAUCACUUCAAUAGGUUUCGGCAACGUCUCUGCGACGACGGAUUCCGAAAAGAUAUUCACUAUUAUUAUGAUGAUUUUAGGAUCUUUAAUGUAUGCCUCUGUGUUCGGUAACGUGUCCGCCAUUAUCCAACGGUUAUAUAGCGGGACAGCACGAUAUCAUACGGAGAUGUCACGCCUUCGUGAAUUCAUCCGUUUUCAUCAAAUUCCGAAUCCGUUGCGACAACGGCUUGAGGAAUACUUUCAGCAUGCAUGGUCAUAUACGAAUGGAAUCGAUAUGAACCUGGUGCUAAAAGGAUUCCCCGAUUGUCUGCAAGCGGAUAUUUGCCUACAUCUGAAUCGGAAUCUAUUGAAUAGUUGUCCAGCGUUUGCUGGAUCAACACCUGGAUGUUUGAGGGCGCUGAGUAUGCGAUUUCGUACCACUCAUGCUCCACCUGGUGACACAUUGGUACAUCGUGGUGACAUCCUUACCGGUUUACAUUUUAUCGCACGUGGAAGCGUUGAGAUCCUAAAUGAUGACAACACUGUGAUGGGCAUAUUGGGAAAAGACGACAUAUUCGGUGAGAAUCCGUUGUUGUACGAAGAAGUUGGCAAGUCAUCAUGCAACGUUCGAGCCCUAACUUAUUGCGAUUUGCAUAGAAUACUCAGAGACGAUCUGCUUGACGUUUUGGAUAUGUAUCCAGAGUUUGCGGAGAAUUUCUGUAAGAACCUGAUCAUCACCUACAAUCUACGCGAUGAAUCGCAAUCGACGCGAAAACGGUUUGAUCGCCACAAAUUACUGCGAAUGUCUUCAUCGUUGAAUAAGGACCGAUACGGUACGCCCAUCGAUGACGGUUCUGAACGGCAGCGACGGUGUGGGUCGGAUUCGGUGUCUAGGUCCGAUUCGAAUCCGAUCGAUCGACGACAGUCUGGUGGGUCCCGAAGCUCGUCACGCUAUUCGCCUCCUCAUGUACGAGCAGAAGCGACACCGUUAUUACGACGAACACAGCAUGAAGAAGAUGACGCGGUGUUCGACGAUAUUCGCGCGUUCUCACGCGGUAACACCGUAACCGUGUCACCUACCGUGCACCACGAUUCGAAUGGAAAUGGUGCCGGACCGAACCGAAUACCUGACCGUGAGUACGAAAGCAGCGAUGAGCAAAAGAUCGUACAACUGUCACGGCGGUUAGAUUCUAUAGAAAAUGCGUUGGAGAGAAUGCAAAAUAAGAUGAACACCGAUUUCGAGAUACUGAUUCGACUGAUGAAGGAGCAUGGGAAACUCCCGUCGUCUUCCGAUGAGUCUGUUGAGUCGGUACGUCCACGACGGGUUGUGUCCAUCAGUCCAGGUGAGAUCGUGCGUCUACCCAAUGGAGGGGACGAAAUGCGAGUGUUAAUUCUGUUAAGCACCUUUGAUGAUUGCGUGACUCAUGUUUUUUUUUCGCUAACAUUCGUAAAAGAAUUAUUUGAAGGUCUCCCGACUCUCCAGCCAUGA